CCUACCCUUUUAGGCUGUUAGAUGUAUUGGUCAGCUGUUUGAAUUACGAUCAUCGACAUUUCUGAAGCGAUGGCGACUGCGUUGUCCGGCAUGCAAAAGCUCCUCGAAGUAGGCACCAAGAUCGUUGCCGUUGGCCGUAACUACGCUGCUCACGCCAAAGAACUCGGUAACGCUGUACCUAAGGAGCCGGUUUUGUUUCUCAAACCGACGUCGUCUUACCUAGAAAAUGGAGGGACCAUCGAGGUUCCCCAUCCGUUGGAUUCACUUCAUCAUGAGGUGGAGCUUGCCGUCGUGAUCGGAAAGAAAGCUCGAGAUGUACCUGAAACCACUGCCAUGGACUAUGUUGGAGGCUAUGCGUUGGCACUCGAUAUGACUGCUAGGGAAAUACAAUCUGCUGCAAAGUCUGCAGGUCUUCCAUGGACAGUGGCGAAGGGACAGGACACCUUCACACCAAUUAGCACUGUUCUACCAAAGUCAGCAUUGCCCGACCCAGACAACGUUGAACUCUGGUUAAAGGUGGAUGGAGAAGUACGACAGAAGGGCUCCACCAAGGAUAUGAUUUUUAAGAUCCCAUAUCUCAUUAGCCACAUAAGUUCAAUUAUGACACUUUUGGAAGGAGAUGUCAUCUUAACAGGCACUCCACCAGGUGUUGGCCCUGUAAAAGUAGGUCAAAAGAUAACAGCCGGAAUAACAGGCCUCCUGGAUGUUCACUUUGAUGUUGCAAAACGCAAAAGGCCUGGAAGCGUUUGAGCUUAUGGCUCAAUGGU